GACGACGAAGGCUGCUUCGUAAUCACUCACCCCUAGCGCUUUCUCGAAAACGUGAAUUUAUCGAGACGAAUUGGUUAAAUAGAAUAAGGGAGAAAAGCAAGUCAAUGGUUGGUUGGUAGCGGGACCUCCCUGCAGCCUUCAUCACGUGAGGGACCAGCUAGCCUGCCUUACAGCAUUCUACACAGAUUCUGUCUCUGGAGAAAUUGGAGGGACACAAACGUUGGUAGUAACAGAUCCACCCCCUCUGAAUCCAGGGAAAUGUUUUCCCCUGGGAAAAAAAAACAAUUGACUGAACAAAGAAAAGUCUCUGCCUCCCAUGUGGGGGAACUCCGCAAUAAGUUAAAAGCCAUCCUGAAGAAAAAGUACCAAUGUCCGCCAGGGGGGGAAACUGAGCAUCCAUUUUAUAUACAUUGCGAUCUCCACUAUCAAGCUGGUGAAAGUAGCAAGGUGAACCAACAUGAGUAUAUUUUAACUCAGCCAGACUACAGGAGAAGACACCAAGCAACAUGCUCAUCCCUAAACUCAGAAGUCGAUGAGCCUAUCAGAACAGCUCUGACAAAGGGCGUCUCUGGUAUUGGCAAAACUAGCCAGGUGCGUAAGAUCAUUCUUAACUGGGCAGAGGGAAAAGGAAACCAGGAAGUCCAACUCAUAUUUCCCCUUCCUUUCCGGGAGCUGAAUUUGCUGAAGGAGAGACUGAGUCUGAUUGAACUUCUUUACGAGUUUUUCCCAGAAUUGAAAGAACCUGGAAUUUCCAACUUGGAGAACUGCAGAGUUGGGUUCUUCCUUGACGGUCUGGAUGAAUUCCGUCGUCCUCUCGACUUCAAUAACUGCCUGAUGGUGACCGAUGUCACAGAGGCUUCCUCCGUGCCGGCACUGCUGACAAAUCUCAUUAUUGGUAAUCUUCUUCCCUCUGCCGCUCACAUAUGGAUUACAUCCAGACCUGCGGCAGUCAGUCGCAUCCCUCUUCAAUACAUUGACAGAGUGUCAGAAAUCGAAGGCUUCACCGACUCACAGAAAGAGGAGUUCUUCAGGAGAGCAAUCAAUGACAAGGACCAGGCCAAAGCUGUUAUCACCUACUUGAAGAACUCGAAGGGCCUCUACGACUUGUGCCAGAUACCUUUUAUCUGUUCGAUCUCAGCGUCCAUACUCGAGAAACAGCCAUAUGUACCCGACAAAACAUGCGACCCUGUCGCACUAACUCCAUUAUUCAACGAGCUACUCGUCCUGUUACAAUUGAGGCGCCGCAAUGUAAAGAUGGUUGAUGAAUUGGGGGAACUAGCCUUUAAGCAAUUGGUGAAAGGCAACACAGUUUUCUACGAGGAAGACCUACGAGAGUGCAACAUUGAUGUCCAAGUGGCAGCCAUGUACGCAAAAGUGAACAUACCCAUCUUCAGGGAGGAUAUUGGGCUGCACCAAAAGAAGAUGUACUACUUUGGGCAUACUACCAUCCAGGAGUUCUUCGCCGCAAUGCGGUUUCUUCAAUCUGUUGACGGCCAAGACGAAAACCAUGCUGACGACCGGAAAACCCAGAUCGAGAGAAGUCUCUGGUUUUUCAGAGAUGCCAACCACCUCAAGAGUGCGGUGGACCUGACUUUGCGGAGCAAGACCGGACAUAUGGACCUCUUCCUUCGCUUCGUCCUCGGCAUUGCGCAGAACUUUAACCAGAUGUUCUCAGUGGCUGGUUUCAGCCCGUCUACUGCCCUUCCGGAAAUGUUAGUGUACAUCAAGAAGAAGGUCAUGGAGAAUCCCUCUUCGCCGAGGACCCUCAACUUGCUGAACUGCCUGAGGGAACUGGAAGACUACUCUCUAGACAACGAUUGUGUGUGCUUUCUCAAGACUGGAAUCCCCCCAGAUGCCAAAUAUCCACCUGCACAUUGGUCCGACCUGGCCGCUCUGUUAGUGGCAUCGAAGUCUGGGUCGACAGACAUGUUUGGGUUGGAAGUAGAGAACAGAGGAGACAAGGAACUUCUGAGGAUGCUGCCAGUGAUCAAAGCUUCCCAGAGAGCCAUGCUGUCAUAUCACAACCUGACUGAGAAAUCCUGUGAAUGUCUGGCCUCGGCACUCACCUCAAAGGUGUCCAAUCUUAAAGCUCUGGACCUGAGUUUCAACACGCUGAAGGACACAGGAGUGCAGCUACUGGCGACCGGCCUGGCCAAGCCACACUGCCGACUGCAGAGACUGAACCUGUCCGGCUGCAGGGUGAAACAGGAUGGCUUUGCCGCUUUGGCCAAAGCUCUCAAAUCCAACCCCUCGCACCUGCGAGAGCUGGAUCUGAGCGGCAACGAACCGGGAGAAUCUGGGAUGUUUCUUCUCGUUGACGGACUAAAGGUUGUUAAGUGCGAACUGCAGAUCCUGAAGCUUUCAAACUGCAAGCUGGGCCUGGUGCUGUGCCAAGCUCUGGCAGUGUUGCUGGUAGACAACCCCAGACACCUGAGAGAGCUGGACAUCAGCAUGAACAACCUGGGAGACGGGGGGGUGGAGCUGCUCAUGGAUUUACUGAAGUUGACCCAGAUAUACAAAUUAGAGUUGUACUGUUGUCAGCUCACUGAGAAAUGCUGUGAGCACAUGUCUGGAUGUCUGGUGAACAUCCCCAGUCUGAGGGAGCUCAACCUGAGCAACAACAACCUGAAGGACGAGGGGGUCAAGAUGCUCUGCAACGCCUUCGGACUGCCCGGCUGUCAACUGGAGAAACUCAAUCUGGCGCGCUGUGGCUUCUCGUCUGGAGGCUGUCGUUGGGUGGCUGGAGGGUUCAGUUUUAGCCCCACCUUCCUCAAACAGCUGGAUAUCAGCAGGAACCACCUGGGUGACUCAGAUGUUGCCGCGUUCUUCCUGUUCCUCAAAACGAUAUGCUUUUCACUGGAGACCCUACGAGUGAGUGACUGUAAGCUGACAGAGCUAUGCUGUCCGGAGCUGGUCGAAGCUCUCAGCUCCAAGCUCACCAACCUGAAAGAGCUGGAUCUCUCUGGAAACGAACUGGGAGACAGCGGUGUAAAAACACUCUGCAUGGGACUGACCUCAACAACCUGUAAACUGGAGAGACUGUUUCUGAGAUGCUGUGGGAUCACAGUAGAGGGCUGCUCCUCCCUAGCCUUAGCCCUGAAGUCCAGCCACUCCAGCAUCACAGAGCUAGGCCUGAUGGGAAAUGACACGGGAGAAGAUGGACUGAGAAUUCUCUCUGCCAUCAGGGACGACCCACGCUACAAACUACAGACUUUAGAAAUAAACGAUUGAGAGUGGCUUUGCUCGCUGGAGGUGGUUCUCGGCUCAACCUUUUCCCAAAUCUGGAGUGAAGUUACUUAAUGAGGAACACUCUGGAGUGAAGAUACAAAAAGAUUGGCUCACAAGUCUCGACACACAGUACUUUCAGGUGAACAGUAGGCACUUGACCUGCUUUGGACCAAAUUGACUGAUUCACUGACUUUUGAACCCUUUUAAAGUGCCUUAGUGUCAUGCAGUGAGCUGUAUCCUGGCUGCUCACACUUGAACAGAAGGCCAAUGAUUAUUAACCUAGAAACAGAUAUUGAGGCUGAAAUGACACACACAGUGUUACUAACUCUGUUCCUCUGGUCUUGCUACAGUAUCAACCCAUUUAGCCUUUGCAGAAGCUUUAGAAUAUGUUUUGCACGUCAAUAUGUACACCAGAAUGUAUAGCCUUUGUAACAGGCACCUCUGCUCCUCACACACACGUGACCGGCCUCUUGAGAACAUUGUCUUAGCCAACUACGGUAUGAAAAGCUAGCAGUUUGGUGGAGUGAGGUUACGAAUCCAUUUCAGUCACGCCUUCUCUGAGGGAGAAGGAUGAUGCAGUGUUUUUCUUUUUAACACUGGCACAUUACCUUGGUUUAGUCUUUUGUUUUUCAUUGUUUUUUAUUUCUUUUAUUUCUUUUGAAAGUGCGUUUUCAUCAAGAUGACCAAAUGUAUCAGAGAAUGUAUACAGUAGUACAACUCUGGGUUGAUUUACUAUUGUUGGGUUCAAUGUACAUUUUACCCAAAUAUACCUAGCUACAGUGAGGGGAAAAAAGUAUUUGAUUCCCUGCUGAUUUUGUACGUUUGCCCACUGACAAAGAC